CACUUUCUGUGAUGGCGGUUUCGAGUACAGUUGUCGUUUUGGCACCAAGCAGCAAUGGCGUCGUCGCGCUACACUCUCGGAGGCGUCCUUGUGAAAGAGAGAGGCAUGCCCCGGUACGCACAUCUCGCGCGUCUCGGGCGCCAGGCCGUCGUCGUCGGCGUCGGCUUCAUCGUCAUCUGCCUCGUGGCGUUUGACUCAAUCGCCAACAACUGGGCCGUCAACCAGUUUGUCGGGAACGGCUUCCGCUUCCUCUCGCCGAUCGCAACCGUCUCGAGCUCGGCGCAGCUCUCGUCGCAGUAUUCAUUUGCCAAAGGCCUCGGGCUCACCGACCUCUCCAACAUUGGAGGCUGGAUGAUGAACUUUACCGUCGCGGCCUUUGUGAGCAAGAACCCCAACAUGUACUUUGUCUCGGCCGGCAGCUACACGCUCGACAACUCGAUGAGUCUCUGCGCCAUCUUCCAGCGCAAGUACACCGUGGACAUUAGCACGUCGCCGUACGUGAAGCUCGGUCUCGCCUCGGACACGGUCUCGUUCAUUCGCGGCGACACGGUCAGCCACGCCUUCACCGACGACGCCAGCGCCAACCUUGGCAACGUCUCGAUGAGCAGCGCGCAGCUGCGGGCGCUCGGGUACGCGCCGGCGCGCACGAUCGUCGACACGCGGCUCACGCGGCCCUUCGCGAUCGCCAACAGCUCGGCGCCGCAGAGCUACAACGUCUCGUACUACCGCGUGUUUCCAAAGAGCUUUUGCACCGGGUGCGACCCGAUCGCCGAGUUUGGUUUCGGUACGUGCCACCUCACCAUGGUCUACAACGACUCGAGCAAGCAACUCACCGUGACGAGCGGCGCCAACAUCGUCGGUUCGACAUACGACCUCGGGCUCAUGCUGCCGUGCACGCCGCUUGUCGUUCUCUCCCAAGUGCUCAAAGUGCUCGCGAUCAUGUUUGCAAUCGCCGGCUACCUCGCGAGCCGGUCGACCGUGCAGUGGUACGAGGUGGACUUGGCCAAGCCCGAGACGCUCGUGUCGCGGCUCGUGCGCACGGUGCUGCCAAAGCACUUUCCGUACGCGUCCCACGCGCUGCGCUUCGACAUGUUCUGCUACAACUCGGACAUCUUUGUGUUUCUCUACUGCGGCAUGGUGCUGCUCGACAUCCAGAACGGCCUCAUCUUCCUCCGGCACAUGAACCUCUACAACGCGCUCGCGCCCCAGUUCAAGUACUCGCUGCAGCUCUUCGCGCUGAGCGUCCGCCUGCUGUGGGGCAACUGCGCGGCCUUCAAGCUGCUCAAGAUCACGUUGCACACGCUUGCGCGCUCGACGUACGCGGGCGAGAAUCGGCUCAUGGAACUUGGCAACCUCUCGGGCGUCACGACGCUGUACCUGAGCGCGAUCCUCUUGUUCUACGUGCCGCCGUACUUUGAGUACAGCAACAGCGUCAUCGUCGAGCUCAAAAACGGAGUCGAAAAGCUCGACGGGCUGCACGUCGACGUCUUCAACAGCUUUUACGUGCGCAACGCGUCGGCGAUCGCGAUCGGGCUCGUCGCCAACCUCGGGCUCGUCGUGCUUCUCGACCACAGCGUCCACUACGCGUUCUGGCGGAAACUGCGCGCCCACAGCUUUGCGCGCCAAGCGAUCUACAACAGCAGCUCGAUCCUCUGCGACUACCUCGAUGACAUUCAGCAAAAACCGCAGUCGGGCAUCUCGCGCAUGGUGUGCAAGGCCCGGCGCCUCAGCACCCUCCAGUGGUUCUUCAUGACGCACCUCACCCUCUUUGGCCUCCCCGAGAAGGACCUGCGCAUCACCAAAAAGCGCGUGACGCAGGCCGCGACCGCAAUGACAGGAAGCGCCGCCAGCAGCCAAACUACGAUCGACACGCCGUACCUCGUGACGCAGGACGGGUCCUACCAGCUGCAUCUUGUCGACGAAUCCCUCGUCGACGUCACAGCACUUGUCUACAACAUCAAGAUCCUCAAAGAUACGUCCGUGGUUAUCCAGUAAUCGAAGAAUCCAGUUAUCCAAGA